CCACCACCCUACCCUCCCCGCCUCGCCCCUACUCGUGCAUCCCCAUUGUCCCUUCCGCGCCAUUUGUGCAGGGGGGGGGUGCAGGGAAGCUCUGAGCGCUCUGCGCAUCGGGGACUGGGGCUUCUCGAAGGCUUAAAAGCGAUCCCAGAAAGAGAGGAGGCCAUUCCUGCUCGGGACAGCGGCAGUGUCGGGAGGUGUCCGCUCGCUGCUGGCUGCGCCGCCGUGUACGUGCUCUGUUCUUCACGUGCGCGCGCGCGCCAUGGCCGGCUGCUCGAGCUCUUCCGCCGUGCUCCUCGCGUCGCUCGUCUGCGCCGCGGGCCUCUUCGGCGCCGGGGAGGCGUCGGGGGCGGCGCACAGGGUGGUCGACCCCGAGUGGCACCCAGCCACUGCCACCUGGUACGGCAGCGCCGAGGGCGACGGCAGCGACGGCGGCGCGUGCGGGUACGGGACGCUGGUGGACGUGGUGCCGAUGAAGGCGCGCGUGGGCGCGGUGAGCCCCGUGCUGUUCAAGUCCGGCGAGGGCUGCGGCGCCUGCUACAAGGUCCGGUGCCUCGACCGCGGCAUCUGCUCGCGCCGCGCCGUCACGGUCAUCGUCACGGACGAGUGCCCCGGCGGCGUCUGCGCGGGGGGCCGCACGCACUUCGACCUCAGCGGCGCCGCGUUCGGCCGCCUCGCCGUCGCCGGCGCCGGCGGACAGCUGCGCAACCGCGGCGAGAUCAACAUCGUGUUCCGCAGGACGGCGUGCAGGUACGGGGGCAAGAACAUCGCCUUCCACGUGAACGAGGGCUCCACCAGCUUCUGGCUCUCCCUCCUGGUGGAGUUCGAGGACGGCGACGGCGACAUCGGAUCCAUGCAGCUCAAGCAGGCAAACUCGGCGCAGUGGCAGGACAUGCAGCACAUCUGGGGGGCCACGUGGAGCCUCACCCCGGGCCCGCUCGUCGGUCCCUUCUCCGUGAGGCUGACGACCCUGACCGGCAAGCAGACGCUCACGGCCCAGGACGUCAUCCCCAGAAACUGGGCCCCCAAGGCCACCUACACCUCCCGCCUCAAUUUCGCGUAGAGGAGGCCCAAGUAUUCAGUAUUCUCCGCCCGCGGGGUAGUCAAAUGGGCUUUAGAUACGGUCAUUUUGAGGCCCUUAUUGUUUAUGUGCAGUGGGCUUCUGCCCAUACUAGUGCCGUGUUAGCAGUUCAUGCAUGAGCAGGUAGUUGGGCCCUGGUAGCCCUCUCCAUCAAAAGCGGGAGAGAGAGCGUGUGGCCGGGUGGGCCGCAAGCUUCCUGGAGGCUGGAAAUGGGGAGUUCCGGGGAAGAGCGGCAGGUUGUGAUACUUAUAUUUCCGCGUUUUUAAUUUGUUGUGACCGUUACUACAAUGCCCUUAUUACAUGGGUUGUAACUUGUGCACCGUAAACUAUAUCGUGUAUUGUUAGUUCACGUUAUCUGUCGAAGAAAUGGUGCCAUCUGAUAAUUUGUGCAAGCUCA